CUUGCUGUGUGUAAUUCAGGGCAUCACCAGCAGGUGGAGCUGUCCUGAACCGCGACCAAAGUGUAAACAAGACGACGACAAUCAACAAUCGCCAGUCACAAUCAGAAUGGACAAAGGUAGGAAAUGGAAGGGAAUAGGGAAACUGAAGAGGAUUUUACCAGGCGGAUCAUCGAGGGAAGAUGAUCGGGACACGGGAAACAAGGUACCAAAGCAGGGUCAGAUUGAGAGCAAUGUCCCAAUGGAAUGCGGUCCGGCCGCAGCGGAAGUGGAGCAAAUUCAGCCCAGAGACAGUGACGUCAGAGACACUGAGCAGGACCCUGGAACCGGUACAAGUGAGGCGACUGUCUGUCAACUCGGAAGCUCAUUGGACACGGAAUUGUCAAGUGUCCAACAAGGAGCAGAGCCAGGGUUUACAAUCUCUGACCUCCUGGCAGAGGGGGAGGAAUAUCGACUGUACCAACUGACAAAUUUCUACAGGGACAGACUCCAACAAGCGAUUGAAGAAAAGGUUGAAAGACUCGGCUGGAUGUUGACAAAGGAGGGACAUUUCAGUAGAGAAGAAAAUGAGAAAGUCACUGAGCUGACAGAGAAGGGAAACCGGGCAGAGAGUUCCAGACUCUUCCUCAGUUUGGUGAUGGGCAAAGGCUCCCAGGCUCGCAGAGCAAUGUGGGAAUCCUUUGUGACUUGGAGGACUGAGUUACCGAAGUUGGUCAGAAUACUGAGGGAAAUACAGGACCUCGGUCCUGAUCCACAAGAAUACAUAAGCAUUGGCGAAGGGUUAUCUGAAUUACCCACUCAACUGAUAGAUGUUCAACAGAAACACAAGGAGACUCUGCGGGUACAAACUGAAACGCUGAGAGUGAACACGAUCCUGAUGAGGGAGAAGGUGAAGGUUUUCCAGCUGGUUGAUCGAUACGCUAAGCUCACGGUCAUUUCUACUGUUCGAGAUCGGAGACUGGUGGAACAUGAGCUGCUGGCAAGAGGCAGAGACCACGAGGAGUGGAGAGAGGAACAUCUCCGCGGAGAGCUGGAAAAAAUCCGGACUGAUCAGUUGUUCCAGAGCAGCUUUUCCCGGAGUAAAUCCAAAUCUGGGAGUUCGGCAGCAGUGGCCGGAGUCGCAGGGAUCGGGAAAACAGCAAUGGUACAAAAGAUUGUUUAUGACUGGGCCACGGGGAAAAUAUACCAACAAUUCCAGUUUGUCUUCAGUUUCAAAUUCCGAGAUUUAAACUCCAUUAACUGCAGAAUAAACCUGAGGGAACUGAUCCUGGAUCAGUAUCCUUACUUUGGGAAUAUCCUGAGAGAGGUCUGGAAGAACCCAGAGGGAUUGCUGUUUAUAUUCGAUGGUUUGGAUGAAUUCAAGCACAGAAUUGAUUUUGCUGACAGUCGGAGAGAUACAGAACCCAAGCACCAGUGUCCAGAUCCCGAGUGGUGGUGUGAAGUGUCUGACAUUGUGUACAGUUUAAUCCAGGGCAAGCUGCUCCCAGGGUGUUCAGUGCUGGUGACCACCCGUCCCACUGCGUUACAUUUAUUGGAAAAGGCAAUGAUCAGUAUCUGGGCUGAAAUCAUGGGAUUUGUUGGUGAGGAACGGAAGGAAUAUUUCAUCAGGCAUUUUGAAGAUCAGACGGUGGCAGAAGCUGUUUUCAAACACGUGAAGGAGAACGAGAUCCUGUACACCAUGAGCUACAACCCCUCCUACUGCUGGAUCCUCGCUCUGGCACUGGGCCCCUUCUUCACACAAAGAGUCAGGGACCCGCAGCGAGUUCCCAAGACCAUCACCCAACUGUACUCCUACUAUAUUUACAACAUCCUGAAAAACCACGGCCGUGAGAUUGAGAACCCCCGUGAUGUGUUACUCAGGGUUGGUCAGAUGGCCUUCAGAGGAGUGUCCCAGAAGAAGAUUGUGUUUACAGAUGGAGAUUUGAUCAAGUACAAUCUGCAGCCUUCCCCGUUCCUGUCUGGGUUCCUGAUGGAGCUUUUGGAGAGAGAGGAUUCUGCCCGGAGCGUGGUGUACACAUUCCCACACCUCACCAUCCAAGAGUUUGUAGCUGCAGUCGCACAAUUCCUGAAUCCACAUCCCGGGGAUAUCCUGAAAUUCCUCACUGAGGCCCACAGCAUGACAGAUGGGCGAUUUGAGGUAUUUCUUCGUUUUGUUGCUGGUCUCUCCUCCCCAAUGACAGCUCGGGGCCUGGAGGAGUUUCUGGGUCCAUUUCCUCAUCAAACAACCUGCCGGGUGAUUGACUGGGUGAAGGAGGAGGUUAAACGUCAGAGUGGAAACACAGAGAGUGAAGCUGGUAAAAGGAGCCUCCUGAACACAUUGCACUACCUGUUUGAGUCUCAGAAUCGUGGACUGGCUCAGGCCGCACUGGGAUCAGUGGAAACACUUUCAUUCUGUGGAAUGACACUGACCCCGAUUGACUGUGCGGUCCUGUCUCAUGUCAUCGGACUGUGUGAUACAAUAAAAUACCUCGACCUGGGUGUUUGCAACAUUCAGUGUGAAGGAAUCCAGCGGCUGGGACCCGGGCUGCACAAGUGCCAGGAGUUGAGACUGAGUGGUAAUGAACUGGGAGAUUCAGGAGUGAAGCUGCUGUCUGCGGCUCUGAGGAACCCGGAGUGUAAAAUACUGAAACUGUGGCUGGAGGAUGUCGAUCUCACAGAUUCUGGUGCCGAGGAUCUCGCCUCCGCUCUCAGUACAAACCCAUCACUGACGGAGCUGGACCUGGGUUAUAAUAAACUGGGAGAUUCAGGAGUGAAACUGGUGUCUGAGGCUCUGAGGAACCCGGAGUGUAAAAUACAGAAACUGGAGCUGGACGGUGUCGGUCUCACAGAAUCUGGUGCCGAGGAUCUCGUCUCCGCUCUCAGUACAAAUCCAUCACUGACGGAGCUGAACCUGAGUAUUAAUGAACUGGGAGAUUCAGGAGUGAAACUGGUGUCUGCGGCUCUGAGGAACCCGGAGUGUAAAAUACAGAGACUGUGGCUGUGGGGUGUCGGUCUCACAGAUUCUGGUGCCGAGGAUCUCGUCUCCGCUCUCAGUACAAACCCAUCACUGACGGUGCUGGAACUGGGAUUAAACUCGCUGACAGACGGAUCUGUCCCCGCUCUCCGCCGCCUCAUACUGACCCUCCCGAGUCUGGAGCUGAUCCGGCUGUGGAACAAUCGGUUCAGUGAGACCGGGGAGAAGGAACUGAGAUCUCUGCAGGAACCCAGACCCGGACUGACAGUGAUCGUGUGAACAUCUGAAUGUGUGAACAUCCCCGCCCGCGGGAUGGGGACAUUUUGGCCGAUUCCCCACCCUCCCCUUUAACCCCGCCCCCCACCUUCCCCUUACC